AUGACUGAACAACGGACUAUGAGAUUGGAUACGGACCGGUUAAGAACGUGUAGUUGCGGGAAAGUAUGUAAGAACGAGCGGGGACUGAAGAUUCAUCGUACAAAAAUGGGAUGUGCGCCGAUUGCGAAUCUGUUGCAACGCGCAAGGCAACUUGGUGAGGAGGAACUGGAUCGGGAAGAACACCACAGUGUCCAGAGCCUCCAAGCAUCAGAUGAGGAAGAGGAGCACAUCGAUAGUUCUGAGAAAGACACUCGAGAGAAUGCGACUGAAUCAACAGAACAGAGACGACAGAAAGUGAAAUGGCCAGCAAGCACAGAAAAAACAUCAUGGAAGAGGUUUGAAGACGAGUUGGACCAGAUGAUGGAGCAUGUUUUGGUGGGGAAAGUAGAUAACAAGUUGCAUGUUAUGUCUGAGAUAAUCUACAACUUUGGCAAGAAGAGAUUUGGAAUUAUAGAGGGAAAGAGGAAAAAGCCUGUCAAGGAAAACAGGAGGGUUCAGAAGAUCGCCAAGAUGAGGGGAGAUCUCAGACGACUGACAGCAGCUUUUAAGAAAGCACCAAAGGAGGAGAAGGAAGCACUGAAAGUCCUUAGGGAAAGUAUUAGGAAGGAGCUUAAAAGCCUAAGAAGAGCUGAGAAUCUGCGAAAGAGAAGACAUGAAAGGCAGAAGAAAAGAGCCCAGUUCACCAAGGACUCUUUUCAGUUUGUGAGGCGCCUGCUAGGCGAAAAGAAAUCUGGCAAGCUUCAGUGCACAAAGGAAGAAGCCAACAAACACAUCAAGGAGAUGUAUAGUGAUACCAAUUGUCUUGAGGAACUGGGCAGUUGUGAGAAAUUGCUUGAACCAGAUCUUCCAGAGUUUGAAUUUGACAGUGCAGAGCCAAGACUGCAGGAGAUCAGAGAUAUAGUAAGGAAGGCCAGAGCAUCUUCAGCACCUGGACCAAAUGGAGUUCCUUACAAGGUUUACAAAAACUGUCCAAAGAUUUUGCUGCAGCUUUGGCGGUUGAUGAAGGUCAUUUGGAGAAAAGGAGAGCUGUGCAGGGAGUGGCUCAAGGCUGAGGGUUGCUUUAUACCCAAAGAAGAGGAAGCAACAACUCUCAGUCAAUUCAGGACAAUUUCACUCCUCAACAUAGAGGGUAAAAUCCUGCUAGCUGUCCUAUCCAGAAGACUCACCUCAUAUUUGCUAGAGAACAAGUACAUUGACAUUGCUGUCCAGAAGGGAGGUGUACCAGGUGUUUCAGGAUGUGUUGAGCAUACAAGCGUGAUAUCACAGAUAAUAAAGGAAGCCCACGAAAAUAAGGGAGACCUCGCAGUGAUAUGGUUAGAUCUAGCCAAUGCAUAUGGCUCUGUUCCACAUCAGUUGAUACAAAAGACAUUACAGUAA